GGAGUUUUUGUUAGAGGUGUUUUGUGGUUUGUGUGUAGCAAACGUCAAGUGGCUUGUAUGCGGUUUGGUUAUAGUUGUUUAAUUUUGGGUUAAACAAGUUUUAAUCUACAGCAUUACUUCUGUAUACAGCAAAUAUAUAACAUUUGGAAAGGUUUACUGAACUCACAGUCUGCAAGAGCUAAUAACAUGGAUAAAUACGAAGUGUUGACAUCCAAAUCCUUCGGGUUAAUUUGCCGCACUUGCCUUAUGCAUACAGAACUGUUUUCAAUUGAGGAUGUGAAUUGGGAAGGCAUACAAUUAAAGGAAAUAAUACUUAGUUAUACGUCUUUGGAUUUAGACGUGCCUGAUCGCUUUCCUACAACAAUGUGCAGUGGGUGUAUUCGGCAAAUGUACCAAACCUACCACUUUCUGCACAAAAGUAAAAAUUCCGAAUGGCUUCUGAAGAAAAUAUGUUUGCGGGAACAGAAAAACAGCCAAAGUCAUGACGAGUCUAUGACCGAAGACACUCAGGUUGAGUCUGAAUAUAAUCAACUGAACGCCAACCGUACGAUUAAUGAAGACGAUAUGGAUGAAGCGGCAGAUGAAACACUUCUAAACGACGACUCAGAUAUUUUGCAGGAAAUCGAGUCUAUUAAAAGUGACAUUACGAAAAUACAGGCUGAUCAAAAAUUUCAAUUAUGUGAAGACAAAUUAAUUGCAAAAGAAGGAACCAAAGGUUUCUCUUUUACGUGUAACAUCUGUACGGCUACUUUUAACAGUCGCCAAGAAAUCCAGGAUCACAAGCAGGCCAAACAUAGAAAAUAUUUUAAGUUUUCGUGCGAACGUUGUGGCAUCCGAUUUCAGCGAAUUCAGCAACUAGUAGCUCACAUAAGAGUUCAUACGGGCGAGAAGCCGUAUAACUGUAACAUUUGUGGCAAGUGUUUUACUUUUAAGGCUUUGUUGGAAAAACACUCGAUUCGCCAUAUUGAACUCCAAAAAUCUUAUCAAUGUAUAUACUGCGAUACAGUUUACACUUCCAAAGAAACUCUCCGGCAACACGAAAUGUCACACACUACUGAAUUAUUUGAACCGACAAGCGUACCAAACCAGCCAAUUCAAGAUGACCCUCAUCGACCUUCUGUAACGAUGGUAGAGGGUGGCUACCAGUGUAAUGUAUGCAGUAAAGUGCUGCAAUCUGAAGACGUGCUGAACGAUCAUUUUAGAUCGCAUGGACCCAAAAAUCACAUCUGCUCUGUUUGUGGCAAGUCCUAUAUUAGCAAGGAACGACUGGCUAUGCACAUCAACAAUACACACAACAAAAAACAUAUGUUGCAUUGUGGAAAGUGCUCAGACGUAUUUGCAACACAUAGAGCACUACAAUUACAUAUGCGAUCGCAUACCGACAGAGCCAAGCCAUUUGUGUGCGACAUAUGUGAAAAAGCAUUUCGACACGAGACAAACUUUGUUAUUCAUAUGCAAAGUCACAACGGCGACAACACUUACGCAUGUAAUACAUGCGAGACUGGUUUCAGUGAUUUCCAAAGUUUAAAAGAACAUCUCGUUACACAUGCCCGAUUGUGAAAUAUGAGUGGUAAUUCUAAAAUAUAUGUAUAUGUAGAUAGUAUUAUUUUUCUUAAUAUAUUUGGGGUUUAGGAACACUA